CUCAAGGGAGACAACUACGUUUUUCAAUAUGGCGAGCUCCAAGGUAAACAACCAGGUUGCGAUGCUCAAACGAACAUAAAGUAACAGAAUAUGGAGGGUAAAUUGAAAUCUAGAAUGAAUGGAAAUGUUCCUACAACUCUUGGGAGACCUGUUGGUGUUAUCGCAGUAGAAGAACCACCUUCAAGAAUGAGAAGGGCAUUAGCAAGUUCAGGUCACAGCAAGCCAGUAAUAGUACGACAUGAUAUGGGUGCUGGUCCAAGUCCACUGUCCCAGAGUAGAUCAUGCCCAACACAGGACCUCACCAGCAACCAGGACAACAUUUUGGAUGGAAGUUCCGAGUGUGAUAUUCAGUUCAUAGAUGUUCCAAAAAAGGGACAGAAAUUGAAAAGUACAGCCGACCCUUUAGUUGGCCGAAUGUUUACCACUGAUCUCGAGGGAGUACCAAGAGGGGAUAGGGCCAACAAGUAAACUGGUCAAAAGGAACUCUACAGGAAAACUAACAACUAUGGACAGUGGUACUUCCAGUGGAAGUAGAAGUGGUGCUCCUAACAGUAUUAUGAGUAGAAGUGGUUUUCCUGAGGACACUACAAGAGGUGGUUCCUCUAUAAACAGAAAAGCUAGCACUAAUGAAAGGACUAAUGGAAUCUCUAGAAGCAGUAAUCAAAUUGGUGUACCCAGAAGUGGUCACAGAGGUGUCCAAGGAGGCAACAGGUCUGGUGUUUCUGGUAAUAGAAGUGGUGUUCUGGACAUGAGGGGUGGUAUUUCUACUACUGAUAAGGAAAGAAGUGAUUUUCCCAGUAGUGGAAGGCCUAGCAGUGGUAGACAUGCAUCUAGCCGGAGACCUGGUGCUUCCCGCAGUGGUACUGAUAGAAGUAGUGGUGCCCACAGUGGCACUGAUAGAAGAAGUGCCCCUAGCAGUGGUACGCGAAGAGGAAGUGCUUCGGGUAGUGGGAGAAGCAGUGCCUUAAGCAGCACAAGGAGUACAUACAGCGAUACCUUGGAGUCAGAGAUAAGCCAGAGCGCAGAGUUUUCAGAAGUUCCAAAACCUUCUAGGCUUAUUGAGCCAACUGAAAUUCUUGAGCAGAAUCAUGAAAAAGACUUUGAAAAAGUUUAUGAGAUCAAUCUCCAUGCUACAGAUUUGACUGCCAUCUCUAAUUUAGAAAAGUUUACCAAAGUGAGGGUACUAGAUCUAUCAUGCAACUUCAUUGAGAAAAUAGAAAACUUGGAGCCAAACUCGGAUCUACGAGAACUCAAACUUUAUGACAACAGACUGAGGGUGGUAGAAAGACUAAGAGGAUGUAAGGAACUCAGUAUCCUACAGCUGCAACAUAAUAAAAUUCGACAGAUAGGUAAAGGAUUGAGCGGUUUAUCUAAGCUUAAACACUUACGUAUUGACUGUAAUCGCUUACUGAAGUUAGAGGCAGCAGAGCUUUCAUGCUGUUCCCAGCUGACCACACUUGACAUCAGUUUCAAUUUACUGGACAACGUAUCAGCACUGAACUACCUUCCUCAUCUUGAAGAGUUGUUGGCAGCUGGUAACAGGCUGCGCAGUGUGGAUCUGUCUCGCUGUAAACGGUUACAGGAAGUGGACUUGUCUCAUAACAAACUGACAGACAUCAGUGGACUGCGAGGUCUUCCAAACUUACAGAUAGUUAAUCUUGGAACUAAUCAACUAGCCUCAUUGAAAGGUCUUGGAAAGUCCAGGUCAAUACAAGAAAUCCACGCCGCGGAGAACAAGCUCACAGAACUCUCCUACUUUCCCACCAAUUUCCCUAAAUUAGAGAUCCUCAACAUCACGGCUAGCUGUAUCGAGGAUUUCGAUGAGGUGUAUCAACUGGAGGAGUUAAGUGAGCUAGCCGAACUCUUCAUUGCUGGAAAUCCAUUCUCUGAUCCUGAUGGACCUCAUGGCCAUUAUAUGGCAGAGAUUCAAGUUAUUCUCCCAAACCUUGAGAUUUUGGAUGGGGCCCAUGUGAAGAGAGCAGCUCAGAAAGGUGCUCCUUUGAUGAGACCCAUGUCUGCCUCGACCAUCAUCAGUGUAAGACAGGUGGAGGCUCAAAUCAAAUCGUCUGACAGCGAGAUGAAGAAUUUGGAGAGCAGUAUUCUUAAAAAGUUUGAUUCUCUGAGAGAGAUGUAUGAGACGUUGCCAGAGAGACCAUUGUCACCACUUACAUCUGAGAAUUCUAUGGAUGGUCAGCGGAAAACUCGCAGUCGAGCAAGAAUCCAAGAUGCCAGGAAAUUUGCGGCUGAGAAUUUUUAAAGAUUUUGGUUUGCAUUAUUGAAUGUUUUUCUUUGAUGAACUAGGUAAAAUUUAACAAAAGAAAUAGACCACAACAUACUAUAUUUUUGAGCAUGCAUUCAAUAAAAAUUGUUUUAUUAAAGUCACAGAAAUAUAAUGCCUUAUAUAACAUACAUUCCUAAUCUAUUAUAAUCACAUGAGUUUUUGAAGAGUGGAUUGUGUGUGUACACACAUUGCCAAAGUGAAAACACUCACAGUCUUGUUGCACCCAAAAUGUUUAUGUUAAUUUGGACCAUAAACUUCCUCAUUCCUUUAUAAUUGACAUGUCAAUGAUAUGUAAUGUAUGUUUCAAUAAGGGAGUCUGACAAAAACAGAUCCCACCAAUAGUGUAAAGGUCAUAACUGUGUGAGCAGUCUAAGGAAGGAGCUGAUGGAACGUGGAAGGACAGGCUUAUGAGAAGUUACAGUACAGAUCUGGUAUGAAAGUUUAGGGCAUAGCUGAUGAGAAGUACAAGGCGGAUGAGAAGUGGGUGAAUAGUUCCAAUGAAAAGUAUGAGGGUAGGUCUGGUGAGAAGUGCUAGGAUAGGUCUUAUAAGAAGUUUGAGGACAGGUCUAUUGAGAAGUGUGAGGACAGGUCUUAUAAGAAGUGUGAGGAUAGGUCUGUGAAGUGUAAGGACAAGUCUGAUGAGAAGUGUGAGGACAGAUCUGAUGAAAACUACAGGGCUGAUGAGAAGCAGAAGGAUAGGUCUAAUGAAUUUAUGGGGUAGGUCUGGUGAGAAGUGUUAGGAUAUGUCUGAUGAGAAGUGUAAGGGUAGGUCUUAGAAGAAGCAUGAAGACAAGUCUAAUUAGCAGAAAGGAAAUGGAUCUGGUGAAAAUUGAAAGGUUGGGUCUCAUGAGAAGUGAGGAAAUAUGUCUGAUUAGAAGUGUGAGGACAUGUCUGAUUAGAAGUGUGAGGACAUGUCUGAUGAGAGUGAGAGAAUAGGUCUGAUGAGAAGUGAGGUAACAGGUUUGAUGAGAAGUGGGAGGAAAGGCUUGGCGAUAAGUGUUAGGACAGAUCUGAUGAAAAGUAAGGUGAUAGGUCUGGUGAAAAGUAAUAAGGUUAGGUCAGGUGAGAAGUGUAAGGACAGGUCUAAUAAGAAGUGACAGGACAAGUCUGAUGGAAGUGUGAGGAAAGUCCGAGGAGAAGUGAGAGGACAGGUCUGAUGGAAGUGUGCAGAUAGUCUGAUGAGAAUUGUACGGACAUCUUUACGCUAGGCAUUUGUAUAUCUAUUUUUUAUCUGGACUUAUAUGCUUAUGCCAUUAUAUAUGUUGAUAUGCUAGUUACAGCAUCAAAAUUUAGACUAUCUGGAAAAGAUUUCCAAAAAUAUUUUUUGGAAAAAUUCCACCGUAAUGUCGACAAAAUUGUGUUUUAGUAAGACCUGAUCUUAAUGUGGUAUUUCAUUUAUAACCCAGUAUAUGACUGAAAAAGACAAUUUACGAAUGUUAUUUAAAUAAAAAUUGUGUCCAAA